AUGCUGCAAGGGAAAAUAAAAAAAUUUAAACUGCCUGUGAACAAUAACAUAGAAAAUUUUAUGAAAGAUAUAAAUAUAAAAAAAAAUGAAUACGUGUAUGGGUGUGGAGCAGUAGACAUUGAUAAUAUAACCUCUAAGGCCGAUUCGAUAAUAAAUUUUUUUAAUUUUAUUAAUGAGAGUUAUAGUAACCUUUUACUGUUAUUAUGCCAAGAAGGUUUUGACACAGUUCUGAAUUGUAUCAGGAUAUUUGAUAAUAUAAAUGAUACGGAUCAAGAGAAGAUAUUCGGCUGUCUAACAAUUUUAAUUGAAAAAAGUGUUGAUAUAUUUAAAAAUUAUUUCAAAUGCUUAGAAAAAUGUAAUAGGGACAAUGAGUGUACCAAUGGUAUGGAACUGUUAGAAAAUAUUAUGAGCGAAAAUAACAGUAUUAUGAAUAACGUUAUAAAAUGUUUAGAAGAAAAUCAUAAGGAAUAUUCAGUAAAUGAGAAAAAGAAAAGGUUUACUUUAUUUGAAGUCAAUGAAAUAUUAAUUUCCUAUUUUAAUGCUCUUACUUUUAUAUAUAUAAAUAUUUUUAAUUCUUAUUAUAAUAAAAAUUUUUGCAAGCAGCAAAACAUGGAAGUAAUUGUAAAUGUUCAAAGAGGAAGGAAAAAAUUAAAGAAAGAAAAUGAGGAAGAAACAAGUACUGCGCUUAAAAAUAUAAAUGGUCUUUUAAAUAAUAUUAUUUUAUUGUUAAGUAAUAUAAAUUUUGAUAUCUUAUAUGAGCAAGUAAAUAUUGCUGUUGUUGAUUUAUACAUACAAUUUUUUUUGAAUAUUUACACAAUUAAUCAAGAAAACAAUAAUACAUUUAAUAUGAGUGUAUAUAACGAUCAUAUAUCUAUGAUAGUAGGGACCCUUUUAAAAUUAUACAUCAAAAAUGAGCAUGAGAAAUGUGCGUUCAUAGAAAUGCAGAGCAGAGAUGAUGUUCUUAAUAACGCACCCGAGAACGUUUCUUUUUUCGCUUCGAACAUGGAACAUAUGAAAGAUAGUGGUUAUCAGCAAAAUGGCAAAAAUAAAAAAGGUGGUAAUAACAAGGGAAAGGGUAAAAGUAAAUGUAAAAGUAGCAUUGGUAGAAAUGAUGGUGAUGAUAGCGAUGAUAGCGAUGAUAGCGAUGAUAGCGGUAAAGACGUUAGUAGCGGUGGGGAUGCAAAAGAUGGAGGUAGUGAAGUCCGUAAAACUGAAAAUAAAAAUAUUCAAAAAACGGAUGAAUACAAGAGAGAAAAUUCCAUGAGCAAUAAAUUUCAUUCGUUUUCCUUUACCUAUAUAUUUUUAAAUUAUUUUAAAAAAUGUACAAACGUAAACAUAUGCGACGCUUUACUAAGGGUAAGAAAUACGGAUAUACCUCAAAUAAUUAUAAAAGAAUUUAUUGAUUAUAUAAAGGAGAAUUCUUUAUUGUAUCUAAAUUUGAGCGUGCAGACACAUACACAAAAUGAACUAAUUAACAUUUUAAGUUUCCUAGAAUAUUUUUCAAAAAAUCUAAGUGUUCAUUUACUACCUUUUUUAAAAGAUUUAAUUGAUAUGCUAGGUAUUGAUAUUUAUUAUAUAAGAAAAUCCAUUUUUGAUAUGUUUAAAAAUUUUAUUACUCUGGCAAAGGCUAGCGAAGAAAUAAAAGAGAACAGUAAUAGUAGCAAUGAAUAUAACAACUCCUAUUCAAGUGGUAAAUUUAAAACGAGUGAUGACAAUGACAAAUUAUAUUAUUAUGAUGAUGAAGAAGAGGAAGACGAAGAAGAUUCAGAUGAUAAUAGUAGUGCCUUUUUUACACAAGAAGAAGAUAAUGAUAAUGAAGAAGAGGAUGACGAAGAUGAGAAUGAAGACGAUUUUGUGGACAGUAAAUAUAAAAAAGGGCAUGAAAAAAGAAAAAGAAAAAACAGUAAAAAAAAGAAUAAAAGUGUUACUGAAAAUAAUUCGAAAGCGAAUGAUAAGUUGAAUAAAAAGAAUAGCGUAAGUAAGAAGAAACAUGAGAGGGAAAAAAAUCUGAACAAGAAUAAAAAUAAAAGUAAAAAGAGGGAAUCUUUUUUGAAGUUCUUUCCCAUAAAUAUAAAUGAAAGCAGUAUUAGUACAUACAAAGAUAUUAUACAUAAGAUAAUUCUAGAGGACGUUCCAUUUUUACAAGUGUGUUUUAAGGAAUGUUUAAAAAAUAGAGCUUUUAUUAUGAACGUUUUAAUAUCUAGGCAAUAUGAUUCUAAGUUACAUGUACGUUGUCAUUUAUUAAAAGUAUUACAAGAAUUAGUUGAAAAUAAUUUUAUUCCUUUAAAUUAUUAUAAUAGCUUAUGCUUAAUAUGUAGUGAGCGAAUAAAUGACAAAUCCCCCUUGGUAAGGCAAAGAGCAUUUUCUUUGCUUUCUUGCAUAGCUAGCGAUGUGGUAAAAAGUAAAUACGUUAUUCCAUUGAACACGAAUAAAAUUAAAAAGGAGUUAAAUAAUUUAAAUAGACGAAAAGAUUUAUUGAAAAAAAAAGAAUGUAUCAGCGGAGCUAACAAAAAGGAAAGCAGUUGUAUCAUAGAGAAUGGAAGACAUGCAAAGAAUAGGAUUAAGGAGGAGAAAAAAAGUAAAAAAAAAUUUAAUCUUUCCGAUAGUGAUGAUGAUAGUGAUAACGAUAAGGAUAGCGAUAACAGUAAGGGAGAUGGUAAUAAUAAGAUUGUCAAUUAUGGAAAAAAUAAUAAGCAUGGCGAUAACGUCAAAGGUGACGAUGAGGGAGAGAGGCAUAUCAAAUAUGCUAAUGAUGGGGAUAGUACUUCCUCCUCUUUAUUAUGGGAAAAAAAGAACAAACAUGAUUACCAGAGCAAGUAUGAUUUACUGAUAAAAAUGUAUAAUGAGGUUUUAUUUAUUUCGAUUAUUGUAGACGAUUGUGUUGAUUUGUGUUUUAAGUUGUUAUAUUCUGUUAUAGAGACAGAUCAGAAAAGUUCAAUUCGAUUUAUUAUAUUAGCUCAUAUAUGUGGAAAUAAGAAGGCAGAAGAACAAAUGAACAAGGUAUGGUCAUUAAUAUUUAGUAACAACAAUAGUAUUAUUGAAAUAAUAAUAAGCGAAUUUGUUAAUGUAAAUAUUUGUAGUGAUGAUUAUAGAAUUAGUGCAUUUAGACUAAUUAAUGUUACUCUUAAUAGUAAAUUAAAAGACUUGUCAUGUUUAGAAAAGAUAAUGGAAUGUUUAUUAAUGCAAGAGAAAAGUAAUGUUAGUAUUAGUAAAUUACAAGAUGAAUUAUUCAAUAUUAUUUUUGUUGAUAUAUUUAGCGAACACAAAAAUUUAAUGAUAAAGGAAGGAGCUUUAUUACUUAUGAAAAUUAUGUGUUACUCUAUUCAUACUGUUAAUUUAAAAAAAGGGAAAAAAGAACAAUACUUUGUUUUUAGUAAUAAAAAGAAACAACUGAUUUUGUUAUUUAUAAAUCAAUAUAAGGAUAACUUACACUUUAUAAAUCUGCUAAUAUUAAUUCUAAAAUAUAAUAAAACUAAUAAAAUUAUACAAAAUUUGCUAAUUAUUUUAUUUAAUUUAGUUUUUGACAACAUGAUUGAUAGUAAAAGCGAAACGUUUGAGCGGAACUUAUGUAAAAAUAAAUUGUACAGUACUUCAAACAUGUGCAAAGAAGAAAAUUUAAACAAUAGUAAUGGAAAGGCAAAUAGCAGUGGCAUUAAAAUGAAGAAUGAAGAAGACUCUUAUUCUUUUUAUUUGUAUGAUGGUAGAAAUAUGUGGUUUAGAUGCUGCCAGUCCAUUGUUGAGAGUAUGUAUGAACACUUCGACGAUUUUCUACUUAUAUUUACGACAAAAAUAAAAAAUAUAUUAAAUUGUAUGCUUUUUAAUAAUAAAAAUUUGAAUGAUAAUUCUGUACAUAAUAGUGAUAACAUGGGAUGCAAAUUAAUAAGUAAAGAGAUGGAAGAAGGAGAUAUUUUAAAUAAAGUUUCUUGCUUUACAUUAACAAAGUUCAUAUUUGUAUCAGGCCAUUUAGGAUUAUACACUUAUAUAUAUGCUGAAAAAAUACAAAAUAAAUUAAAAAAACUUGCAUCAAAAAGUGAUAAUAAUAAUAAUAAUUUUGGAAUGUGCACAAAAGAGGAAAAGGAUAGAGAAUAUUUUGAUUACGUUGUAGAAAAUAUGAUAGUAUGUAACAACCUGUUUGGGAAAAAAAUUACUCCUUUAAUAUUUUUAAUUUUAAAUGAUCCAGAAAAAUUUUUUAACGAAUGCAUAAUUAAAGAUAACGAAGAAAUGAAUUUUACUAAUGAUAGUUAUACAUAUUUCUCUUCAUCUUGCCAGAGUUCUGAAAAGAUAUAUAUGCACUAUGACAUAUAUUUACUUGUACUUGUAUGUUUACUAACAUUAUGUAAGUUUUCAUUAAUUUCUCAAAAAUUCUGUCAGCAAAUUAUUAGUAACCAUGUAUCAACAAUUCAAUUGAUUGUUUCUGUAAUAACUGAAGAGAACAAUCAGAUUUUUGAAAAAAAAACGGAAAUGUUAUUACUGCAUGAUUACACUAGUCGUACCAUAUCAGAUGGUGUCUACGUUCAUAAAACAGAUGAUGCUACUAAUUUUUCGGAGCUGGAAUAUUUUUCAGAAAAUGGAGAAAAGAAUUAUAUGGAUAAAGACAAUGCUAGCAAUUGUCUGUAUAAUGAAAAUGAAACAGAGUCAGAUAAUAAAAAAAAAAUAAACAAAAACAAAAACAAAAACAAAAACAGUAAUAAUUAUAUUAGUAAUAAUUAUAUUAGUGAUAAUUAUAGUAGUAAUAAUUAUAGUAGUAAUAAUUAUAGUAGUAAUAAUUAUAGUAGUAAUAAUUAUAGUAGUAAUAAUUAUAGUAGUAAUAAUAAUAACAGUAAUAAUAAUGAUAAUAAUAAUGGUAAUAAUAAUGGUAAUAAAAGUAGAAUUAACCGAGUGGAAAACUUUAAAAAUGGGAUAAUGUAUAAAACCAUAUCAAAUAUACGAAAAAUGCUGUUAAUUAGUUAUGCUGAUUUAUUAUAUAAACACCCAAAUCUUUUAGAGCCUUAUAAUAAAUACAUUUUUAAAGUUCUAAAUGACAAAGAUAUAAAUAUGAGAAGAACUGCUGUUUCAGUUUUUACACAUUUGUUUAUGACUGACACAGUAAAAGCAAAAAACACAUUGCUUGUUCAUAUGAUGUAUUUAACAAUAGAUAAAGAUGAAAAAAUCUCUAGUGGAUCUAAAUCCUUUUUUUAUGAACUAGACAAAAAAUCACAUAUAACUUUAGUUAACAAUAUUUGUGAUAUGAUUUCAGUUUUGGCUAGAAAUGAAAGAAAAUUUGAAUAUGAAAUGAACAAGGAAAUAUUGCAAUUUUUAUUAACGUUUAUAAAAAAAAGUAAAUAUAAUGAAACGUUAGUUGAAAAAAUUUUCAAAAAAAUGAAGGAAGUAAAUAUAAACAAAGCAGAUGCUCUUAAUUUAUAUAUGCAAGUAUUUUUAAAUAUACAAAUUGAUGAAAAGGUGUUAAGCAAAAUUAAUAAGUGUUUUCCAUUAAUCAGAUAUAUCAUACGAGAAAAUCAAUAUAUUCUAGAUAAUUUUGUAUUAAUAUGUAAAAAAGCUACAGAAAAAAAAAGAGGUAGACCUGCUGAAGAAAUGCAGCAACAACAACCUAAUACCACCAAUAGCGAAAAAGGAAUUAGUGAAAAAAUUGAAAAUGAUAAGUCGGAAAAUAAAAUGAGAGAAUUAGCCGAAGAUAUUCUGGGAAAAAUAGAAUCAACUACAAAUAAAUCAAAGAAUGUUUCUCAUUUGCACAACGCAUCGAAUGUAGUCGUAAAAAAUUCAAAAUAUAAAAAUGAAGAAGAAAUCAACAGAUAUGAAGUACAAACACCUAAAAACGAGGAGUGA